GGUCAACCUUCUGAGCAAAGGAGGAGGAAAAGGCGGGCACUGGGGAAAUGGGUUAUGGAGGAACCCAUUGCUCAUCAUUCUUGUUCUUUGUAGUACUACCAUUGGGUGCGAGGUGACGCCUACCCACGUGGCGUUGCAGAAUCUCUCUCUCUCUCUCUCUUCCUAUCUCUAUCUACCCUCUCUUCUCCCUCUGCGCGCGUGUGUGUGUCUGUAGAGCUGCGGCAGCACCCAACAAGAAAUCGGAAUUCCAUGGCUUCAACUUUCUCUGCCUGCAGAUACCUUGGGAAUUUCUUCAAAUGUCAGAUUCUCCAGCUUUUACUUUGAUAACCACAAAGUAUCUAAUAAUUGUGAGCUAGGAAUGUUGAGCACAAGGAGGACUUGGGUAAAACCUAAACCACUAUGUUUAACAGUAGCAAAGGCAUCCAAAGAAGUUGUGGAGAUAAAACCUCAUAAAAAGGAAAAAUUGAUGUUUCCAAGUUCGUCAGAGGUGCAAUCGUUGGUCUCGGAUAUUUGUACAACAUCCAUAGUUGAAUUUGAACUGAAACUGAGUGGUUUUAGGUUAUAUAUUGCAAGAGACAUUAAUGGGAAGAGCAAUCCCUCCUCGACCACAGCUACUCCUGAUGUUUCAGUUAGCAGAAUCUCUACUGGAAAUCUUGAUUCAAAUGGAGCUACUCCUUCAGCUGCUUUGGCUCUCUUGGAACGAGAACCACCUGCUGGGAAUGCUCCAAAACUCUUAGAAAGCGCUGCAGAUGCGGGUCUGAUUUUGCUGAAGUCCCCAAAGGUAGGUUAUUUCAGAAGGUCUCGGACAAUUAAAGGAAAGCGUGCACCUCCAGCUUGCAAUGAGAAACAAGUCGUCAAGGAAGGGCAGGCUGUUUGUUUUGUGGAGCAGCUUGGUGGUGAAAUACCAGUUGAGUCCGAAGUUGCUGGAGAAGUCAUCGAGAUAUUGAGAAAGGAUGGAGAAGCAGUAGGAUAUGGUGACCCACUUAUUGCCAUACUUCCGUCAUUCCCUGGGAUUAAAAAGCUCCAGUAGGUUGGAGUAAUUAUCCUUGUAUCAUUCUUGCUUCUUCCACCAAGUCUUUCUUGGAUUAUUUUUCAAGUUCUGCUGUAGAUUGACAUGAUUAUAUCGUCCCUGGCGAUUGAGGUGAACGUGAUCAAUUUCUGCUGCUUCAAAAUAACUGCAUUCUUGUACCAUGUGUUUUGAGAGAAUCAGCAACUACGAGAAGUAUGGACAGUUUUGCACCAUGUUCCUGUAUUUUCCUAUUACAUUUCAUUUGAUUCAUGGUCACAAGCUACUGCUACAUGGUUGAAAUGCUUGCCUUGAACUGAAGCACCAACACCACCUUGCAUAAUCGUAUAAGAGUCUGUUGAACUGGUUUA